AUGUGUCAGCUGCCGCCGCAGUACGGCAUAAAAAUUACCGGACCCCCUAGACCGCCGCUUCCGACAGCAAUGCCCGGGGCUGUCAACAGUGCCCCCGGUGCCGUCAAUCGGUCUGACUUAUAUGACAAUAAUAACAUCUCGUGGAGUCAGGGCUGGUACAGCGAACCUGAACCUGCCGUACAGCCCAUGUACGACGACCAUGCUGCUGCUGCUUCUGCUGCAGCGGCGGCGGCGGCAGGAACCAGCGAUGACGGUGGUAGUGGCGCCGCCGCUGCUGCCGCCGCCGGAACCUCUCGCAAGCGGCAACUGUCGUCGACCGCCACCCACAACGAAGCCGAUAUCGUCAGCUUGGGGGACGCGGCCCGGAUGCACAAGGCCAGGGCACACCAAUUUCUCCAGCGCCAGCAACCAGGUGUCGCGUCGGUACUGGCCGGUGCGGCGGCGGCGGCGGCGGCUUCGGCUUGGCGAGUGGAAGCUGUGGAUGGUGAGCCGCGUCAUCUAGGGGCUGACAGUGCGGAUGUGCAUGAUGUAGAGAUGGCGGCGGUGGCGGUGGGGCCGGGGGGAGAGGCAGCGACGGCGGAAGCUCCGCCGCCGCCAGGUGAGCCACAUUCGAACCUCAGCAGCAACACCGGCAUUGCCGUACAGGGCAACGAGCCUCACCCUGGGACUGGUGGUGGCGGCGAUGGCAGCGGCAGCGGAGGAUCUGGAGGAGGCCAUAACGCGAACCUGUACGGCGUACUACGGCCGCCAUGCCAUGUUCCGAUAGAGCCGUACGACGCGUCAGCCACGGUGAUGGCAGCUGCGGCACCGACUGGCGCGGCAGCGGCAGACGCGACCGUGACUGCUGCUGCCGCCGCCGCCGCCGCCGCCGGCCCCUCUGCAACAGCUGCAGCUCCUCCACAUCACACAUCCGCAGGUCGACCCCGGCCGAGCAAUACCGUGUCGUACCGCGACCUGCCUGAGAUCAUUACGAGGCCCGCCACGGUGGCGGCGGCGGCGACGUCGCCCGAGGUGUUGCUGUCGCCACCGCCGCCGCCGCCGCCGCCGCCGCCGCUGGAUUCCGGCGUUCCAGCUUCCGCGCCGCAGCUGCUGCUGCAAGGUGUUCUGGGUCGCUCUCUGUCAGACAUGUCCGAGUACGGCAACGCUCUGCGUUUCUCCAAUCCAGGGGUCCUGGUGGCGUGGAACCAACCGCCGCCGCCGCCGCCGCUGCUGCCGCGAAUGCCGCUCCCGCCGCUGCAUCUCCCGCAACCACCCAUGACGGGGGCUGCACCCGGGUUCCGCCUGCAGCUGCCGUUGGCCCCCUUCGCUGCCGGCGGCGGCACAGAUGGCGGCGGCAACGGCGGAGGUCGCCCUGACGUCCUCGGCAGCUGUGGCGGCGGCCCUGAGGGACCAACUCAUCCCGGAGUGCUGAUCCUCCCGCCUGCAGCUGCACGAGGCCGCUAUGUGGCCAGGACAACGACCCCCGAGGGUCCCGCUGGAGCCGUACUUCGGAAGAGCCGCUCCGAUGCCACCGUACAUCUGGGCGACCGUUAUGACCUCGAGAUGGAUUCUUCGAUGCCGCCACAGCCGCCACAUCCGCAUCAACAGCAGCAGCCGCAUCUCGAAGGCCAGAGCCCUUCGGGGAUGCUACCGCCGCCACAACCGCGGCAACAGCAGCAACAGCAGCAUCCGUUGCUACAGCCGCCGCCGCCGCCGCAGCAGCAGCAGCCGCAUCCACUUGUGCUACAGCACCUGAAGCAGGAGCCUUACCUGCACCAUUCUCCACGGGCACCAUCCCGCCAAGAUCAACAGCACCAUCAUCAACAACAACAGCACCAUCAUCAACAACAACAGCACCAUCAUCAACAACAACAGCACCAUCAUCAACAACAACAGCACCAGCACCAGCACCAGCCGCCAGAACCGUCAUAUGAGCGGCAGCAGCUGCCACAACAAGGUGUCGAGGGCUACCCCGCACCGCCUCCGCGACCGGGUGUUACCGCGGCGCCACCAAUGCAGCGCACCACGCAGAUUGCGAAUGACGCGCACAUGCCCUUAACGUUCACGCUCCUCUCACCGAGCGGGCCAGCUCCUUUCCCCUUUCCGUACGAUCCGUACAACAACCCAGCGGCGCCAUCGCUUCCUGUCGGGCCUCUGGGCGACCAGCAUAUGGCGUCCUGUCGGCUGCAUGCGGCAGUUACCGCCGCCGCUGCCGCCGCCGCCGCCGCUGCCGUCAACACCGGUGGAGGUGAUGCCACGGGGACCGACGGCGCGGCCGGCACCCGUCGGCGCCGUCGGCGGAGUACGGAGGCCGAUGACGAAGUACCCCGCGGCGAAAGCGGCGACAACAGCCCUCCGCAUGCGGAUCAUGAACGGCCUCGGGGCAGUUUGACUGGGAGUAGCUGCAUGACUGGGGCUUCGGAAAGGCUGCUGCUGGUGUGA